AUGGCGUCCCAGGACGAUGGGUGGGGAGGCGGCGAGGACGGCAGCUCGCUCUUCGAGGGCAUGGUCCUCUUUGCGCCAGAACCCGCCGCCGCCGAGGAGUCGGUCCCUGCCCCUGUCACUGCCUCCGCCUCCGCCCCCGCCCCUGUCCCUGUCCCUGAGCUGCCACCCGCCGCUGGCUCCGACGCCGACGCGGCUUCUUCCGCGCCACCGCCGCUCGACGAGGACCUCUUCUCCGAUCUCACCCUCCUCGCCCCGCAGGAGCCGCUCUCGCUGGAGCAGCCGCCGCCCCCGCAAGGUGAGGAUCGGGGCCACGCGCCGCUUGCCCCCGUGCCGUCGCCAGCGCCGCAAGCCACUGCUGCGGCGCUCUCCCGGCAGCCGUCCUCCUCGUCGCUGCGCAAGAAGAAGAGGGCCGUGCGCAUCGGGUACGGCCGCUCGCCGCAGCCCGCGCCGCCUUCCCCUCCUGCCACGGUUCGUGCCUCCGCAGCAGCUGCUGCGAUCUCCGCUAGCAGUAUCGCCUUCCUGGACGCUUCGCCGCAUCCGGCCGCUACUCGUACCCUCGACCAGCUCCCUGAUCGGCAAGUCGAUGUCUAUGUCAACGGCUACGAGGCGCACGCGGAGGCGGUGGAUGCGGAUACCAAUUCACCGCGUGUAGAGGAGGCGGCAAAGGAGGACGAUGAUGGGAAAGAGGAUGAAGAUGCUGGAGUUGCAGCCCUGGGGAUCGAGGAGAGGCUGGCUCUCCUCAGAUCCCAAAUCUCUGGCAAGCUCGACUCCAUCCAGCAGAGGGCUGUUGCCGUGGCUGCCAAGAGGAGGCUUCUGGCUGGCCGGCGGCGGAAGGUGGCGGAGGAGGCGGCCUCCGUGGCAUCCAGGCACAAGGAUUUGGAGAGGGAGCUGGAGGAGGCCUGUGAGGCCGAGGACUUUGAGAGGGCAGAGAGGAUCAGUGACUCCCUCGCUGCGCUUGAGAAGGAGAAGGAUCAGCUGUUGACAGCGCUGCGUGAUGCUGAGCUUGACUAUGAUUCAGUGGAUUCGGAGCUGCAGGAGGUGCUUGAGUCUCGCAUUGCUGCAGAGGAGGAAGCUGCUGCCCUUCUGGAGCAAUUUGCAAAGAGAGCAAGCAAGCAAAAGGAAUUAUCCUCGAAAGAAAUAGAAGGGUGGCAAACAUCAAUGGAGUUACUAGAAACAAAGAAGAUGGAAAUGGAGGUUGAAACACAGUUGGUUUUUGAAGCAUGUUCUGGGUUGGAAGGGUCAAUAGAGCAUUUGGUUGAAGAAGACAAACUAGAGAAAGAUACGCUUAGUACAAAAGGAGAAAUCCUCAGCAAGGAGUUAGCUGAGCUUCUAGAGUUGGUGAGGUUGAAAGAAGCAGAGAUAGCUGAGAACAAUGCCCGGAUCCAUGAAGUUCAAGAAAGAAUCAGUGCAGUGGUCUCCAGAUUCCAUGGCUCUCAGUCAGAUAUUGACUUGAAGCUCAAUUCCUUGAAGGAAGCCCAAAGUAAAGUGGAUCUAGAAACUGAAGCACUUGUGAUGAAAAAGAAUGAAAUUGAUAGGUUCAUUUCUUUAACAGAGCAAAAAGAUUCAGAGUUGAGGGAAAUUAUCGAUGUUUGUUCCUCUGAAGCAAAAACUUGCCAACAAUCAGUUGAAAUAAGAAGAAAGCUUGCAUCAUCGAUUUUGAAGUCAAGAGAGGAUAGAAUUGGGUUGCUAAAAAUGGAGGAGGAAAUUUUGCAAGACAUUCAAAUGCUUAGGCAAAAAAUUACAGAUGCAAGAACUACUCUUCAGGAGGUAUCUUCAAGGAGAACAAGCAUACAGCAAGAAAUGGAUUCAUUUAAGCAGAAAUUGAGCUUCAUUGACAAAAGGGGCCCUGAACUAGAGGCUGAAAAGAAAGUUGCGGCUGCUGCAAGAAACUUUAAGGAAGCAGGAAGGAUAGCUGCAGAGGCAAAAGCUCUUAAUUCCGAAAAGGACGAACUGCAUAGUAAGUUAGAGAAAGCUGCUACUGAUCUAGAGAUAAUAGAAAAGGACAUUGUAGCAACUACAGACAAGAUACAGGAAUGCGAAGGGCUUAUUGUACUUAAAGAAAAAAAGUCAGCAUUGACAAGUUACAAAAGACUCCGGUUAGAUUGUGUUGCUGCUAGAGCAGAAUUGACUGCUGCAACUGAAACAGAUGAUACUGAUGAAGUUGAGAUACUACGUAAAGAAGCUGAAGCUGCAGAAUCUAAAGCAAUGGAACUCAAAACAUGCUAUGACCUCCAGGUGGAGGACGAUGAGUUCAUGUUUCAGCCUGUAGUCCCUUUAGCAUUCAUAACAAAUUCAACAGGGCAGCGCUUGGCAGAAAUUGCUUCUUCAUUUGGCCUAUCUCCUCAGAAGUGA